AUGGCAGCGGAAAGUGAACCCGGCCCUAAAAACAUCUCUUCUGAUUCCCACUGCUGGUUGAUAAAGUUUUGUGAGGCGGAAGAAGGGUUCCGCGCCGUUUCCAAGUAUGCUCGUUUGGACGAGUUGUGGGUCGAUUGGAUUCUAACCCAGUUUCAAUGCGGCGCGCCCUACAUAAAGAGGGUUCGAAAUGACGCAACUCAGUCCACGGGUAAUUCCUUUUUUCAUUUAAAAGCCUCCAUCCUCCUAGUUAAUGCCUUUUCACAACUGCUUGCCCCGGCGCGUCGCUUUUACGCCAGUCUCACUGGUCGCCCCGCCAUUCCGGACACUCCAAAAGAAACAUCACCAGAAUGUUCACCACCUCCUUUAAUACCUCCCAUUACUGCCAGCCAGUCGACUCUGACUGAUUUUGGUUUCCACAGGCACUACGACAAUAGAAUUAGGCUUAGGAGUGGACACCAUCGUGGCAGUGCUUCACGCAGUAGUAAAUGUCAAGUGGGUCCUAUUCCUACUCGCGACAGUCAGCGUACAUGUCACGAGUCGUUCAAGGCACUACUGAUCAACCUGGCAGCCAAAUGUGAUGAUACUUGCAUACAGCAGCGUGUGAUGAUGAAAUUUCUUGUGAACGAAGGCAUCAAACCCGCAGAAAUCUACCGGCGACUUCAGGCACAGUUCAAAGAUGAGGCGCUCAGUCGCAGUAAGACAUUCGAAUGGUGCAGACGUUUCAAAAACGGUCGUGUAUCUAUCCGAGACGAUCCUGGUCGUGGUGGUUCCCGGCCCACAGCAAUCAUUCCUGAGAAUAUUCAGCUAGUGGAACGCCUAAUUUUGGAUAAUCGACGCGUAACCUGUCGUGAAAUUGCACGCAAGACAAAGCUGUCUGCUCUGUCUGUCCAAAUUGACACUCCGAGCUGGAUAUGUCCGUGUCCUGAGGGCUUUAGUAGGAAACGUUAA